UGUACGACACUUUCCUUAGAGUCGUUAAUCGCACCGUAACUUUUCAUCUUCCCCAAAAUUUCAAAACAAAAUCAAGAGGUAACUUUCCCUCCUUCACAUUUACAGUCAUUCAUUCAACUUCCCGCCAAACACAAAUGAGGAUCGCCGAGCUCUCAACGCCGGAUCUCCGGCAAGGCCACGCCGACUCCCAACCUCAACAACAACCUCCAUCGCAAUCUCAUCAACUUCUCAUCUCCCAAAUCGAGUCCUCAAUCAAACAAAUCGAGAAUCUGUCCCCGGAAAAGCUCUCCCCGGACACAGUCUCCGCCGAUCUCCGCCGAUUCUCGACUCAACUGAGCCAACUCUCUCCCUUCCCCAACUCACUGAAGCUCCUCAUCUGGAAGCUGAGCUACCGCCUCUGGAACGCCUGCGUCGACCUUUCAAACGCCGCCUCCCUCCGCUCCCUCAGCGCGUCCAGAGCCGAAGACCACGCCAAGCUCCGCCACGUCGCCGCUGACCUCCUCUUCAUAUCCGGCGACGUCUCUGGUGUCCCUUCCCCGGUGAUCAAGUCCGCCUCCUUCUACCUCAAGACCGGCCUCAUAUGGCACGACCUCCGGAGCUUUGAUCUCGCUUCCUCAUGCUUCGAGCGAGCUACAGAUAUAGUCUCGAAGAUCGACAUCGACAGAGUCUCCGAUUGCGGAGAGAGAAAGCUUCUCCUGGACCUGAGCAUCGCGAGAUCGAAAACCGCAUGGGACGUCUCCGACCGAAAUGUCGCGAUCGCGCUGCUGAACAGGGCCAAGAGCUUGCUAUUCGGGUCGCCGGAUCACCACAAGGCGCUCGCGAACCAGUACUUGGCGUUCGGCAAGACGGCGCUUGCCAAGAGCGAGAUUCAGGACCUAAACGACGCGUUGAAGCUGAUGAACGAGGCUCUGGAUCUGUACGAGAAGGGAUUGCGUGUGGCGAGAACACGCGAAGAGAUCAUGGAACUCAGGGAUCUGAGGUCGAAGACGCUGCGAUUCAUUUCGGCCGUCCAUCUGCAGAUGAACGAGUUCGAGAGCGUGAUCAAGUGCGUGAGGGUGCUGAGAGAGGGGUGCGAGAGUGGAGACCACCAUCCGAGCCUAUCGGUUCUGGCGAUGAAGGGCUGGCUGGGGUUGGGGAAGUACGCCGAGGCCGAGAAGGAGCUGAGGGGCAUGGUGGUAAAUAAGGGGAUUCCGGAGGGCGUUUUUGUGUCGGCUGUGGAGGCUUAUUUUCAGGCGGCUGGGACUGCCGGAGCAGAGACGGCGAAGGGAGUGUUUCUGGGACUGUUAGGAAGGUGCCACGUCAGCGCCACCUCGGCUGUUAGGGUGGCCCACCGGGUGAUUGGUGACGCCGGUGAGGGAUCAAGAAUUCGGGCCAAGGUGGUGGCGGAGCUCGCAUCAGACGAGAGAGUGGUGGCCCUCUUCAAUGGUGACGCGGCUGCCCAACAGAGAACUGCAAUGCAUUCAGUGCUGUGGAAUUGUGGUGCUGAGCAUUUUCGAUCGAAAGAUUACGAAACUAGUGCAGAAAUGUUUGAGAAAGCAAUGCUUUAUAUCCCAUUUGACAUUGAGAGUAGAAUUCUCAGGGCCAAGGGAUUUAGAGUUUUGUGUCUCUGCCAUUUGGGUCUCUCCCAGCUUGAUCAAGCACAUGAAUACAUCAACGAGGCCGAAAAGCUUGAACCGAACAUUGCUUCAGCUUUCCUAAAGUUCAAGAUUUAUCUGCAGAAGAAAGACCACAAUGGAGCUACUAAUCAGAUUCAGGCAAUGACAACCUGCCUCGAUUUUACACCAGAUUUUCUCUCCCUUGCAGCCCAUGAAGCUGUUGCUUGCCGUGUUCUUGCUGUUGCGGUUGCUUCUCUAUCAAGUCUGCUGAGCUUCUAUACCCCGGGAAAAUCGAUGCCAGCAACUGAAGUCGUAGUUCUACGCACCUUGGUCACAAUUCUAACCCAAGAACCCGGAAAUGAGGAUGAAGCCCUCAAGUUUCUUAAGCGCGUCCAUAAUCGUGCGUCUGAGCUUGGUCCUGAUUCCUUUUUCGGGACAGGGGAGGCCGGAAGACGGGAGAGGAACUGGUUUGCUGUGACUUCAUGGAACUUGGGGACCAAAACCGGGAAGGAGAAGAACUAUGAAUUGUGUGGCGAAUUCUUGAGACUGGCAUCGGAGUUUUAUGGUCUUCUGGUUGAUGGGCAAGUAGAAGAAAACAUGGUCUGCAAGUCGUUAAUUCUGAGUGUAUCUGCAAUUAUAGCUUCAGAGAAUCAUAGGAAGACUAGAUUGAAUGAAAGUGAAGUCAAACAAGCUCAAGAACUUCUAGAUAGAGCUGGGAAGAUGCAGAUGUUGAAAACAAAUUCAGCCGGGAAUCAACUUAUCGGUGAUCAAUUUUCAACAACUGAGCCUGAUUUGUUCUUCAUCUACACCUUUUGUGCCUAUGAGAUACAUGGAAGGCUCAAUGACUUAUCAUCACAACUAAAACUAGUGAAGAAUUUUGCUACUUCAAGGGCCUGCAAUCACAAAAACCUCCUUCAGAUCGGCAUCAGCGCUUCACAACCUCCCCGAACCAAUCCUGAAGUCGCAGUCUUUGCUCUAAACGAGUGCCUAUCGUCCUUCCUCUCUUCCUCCACGGCAGACUACCAAAGUGUGGCUCUCAUUGUUCGGAAGCUCAUUGGAGUGACCAGCAUUCACAGGGGGGAUGCAGAUGACGAUGCUGUUUAUGGCAUGUACAAGCAGGCUUAUCGAAUAAUGGUGGGACUGAAGGACGGAGAGUACCCGACGGAAGAAGGGAAAUGGCUGGCCAUGACGGCAUGGAACAGGGCGUCGCUGCCUGUGCGGCUCGGGCAGAUUGAUGUGGCGAGGAAAUGGAUGGAUGUGGGUUUGCAACUUGCUAAGCAUGUUCAUGGAAUGGAGACUUACAGAGCGUGCAUGGAGGAUUUUAUCAAUGGUUUUGAGAAGAGACUUGGCGCACCAAGUUAAUGGUUAAAAAAUUGGAACUCAGUUGGUAGUGUGAAUGUUGGUAGCUUUGUAAAUUGUAUGGUGGAUUUGGGCAUUGUUGUAGAGAAAAUUAUCGAUAAAACUGAGAAUUGAUUUCGCGUUAAACUA